UUUCCUUUUUUGUUUUCGGAAACGAGGACGGAACCUAUAGAAACCUGUAUUGGUUUAGUUCUCGCUUGUUUAACACUUUCCUAACUUCAGUAAUUUGGUAUAGAUCUGAGAAAUAGAAAUUCGAAAGGAUAUAAAUGGAGGAAGAACUAAGAUGAGAUGAUGGUUGUGAGAGCCAAGCGAGAUGAUAGCAAAACGCGCUCGAAGUUUGGAAGAGAGUGAAGCAGCAGACGAGUGCAAGAGACAGAGGAUGGAGAUUACUAGUAUUGAACAACAAUCAGGAGAACCUAAUUUUCCUCCCGAAAUGGUGUUGGAGAUAAUCAACAGAGUUCCAGUCAAGUCAGUGAUCAGAUUUGGUAGCGCAAGUAAAUACUGGUACAACUCAAUCCAUCAAGAUCCAAAAUUUAUGUCUAAUUACUUUCUUCAAUCUCUAAAAAACCCUAAUUUUAUUGUUUGUGUACUCAAUGUUAAUCUGAAAGAUUCAAUUUUUAUGAAUCAUAUGUUGUAUAUUGAAGAUAAUCAUAACCAUAAGCAUGCUGGUGAUGGGAAAAUUGUUCAUAAAUCUUUAACAUCACGUAGCAAUGGUAAAAAACAAGUAGUGGGUUAUUGUAAUGGUUUUGUUUGUCUAUCAAAGAUGAUUAAACAUCCUAGUACUUAUGAUAUCUAUAGCUUAAGCAUGCCCGAAGUACUUUCCAUCUUCACGCCAACAGUUGCAGAUGGAUAUGUUAAGUUUCAUGGAUUUGGAUUUGAUUCAAUUACAAAGGAAUAUAAGUUGGUCAUUAUUCUAAACAGCAGUGCUUCUAUUGAUCUCUUCAAAUGCAUCAUGGUGUUUACUCUGGGUACCAGUCUUUGGAGAAAAAUUGAAAUCCCCAACCCUCCUCUUAAAUUGUUUGGUAAUGAUGUUUACAAAGCAGCCAUCUCUUGUAGCGAUGUUCUAUAUUGGGGAACUACUGUAGGUUCUCGUGAUAUGAUUUCGUUUGACCUCCACAGCGAGAAAUUUCAAGUCUUUCAAAUCCCAUCUGAAUGCAUUCCUUCUUCAACAGAGCAGCAGCAGCAACAAGCACCGAUAGUCCGACAUCUGGAGUUUAAAGGAUCGUUGUGUGUUGCACGUCUAGAAAAGACAUCAGGGACAAGUCAGAACAAUUGUAAGGUUCACUUAUAUGCAUUGAGUGAUAGAAGUAAGAGUAUGUGGACCAAGAAGACUUUACUUCUUUCUCUUUGCCCACUUCCCUGCAGCGUUGAUGGUGUUCGAGUUAUGGGCUUCAGUGAUAAGGUUUUACUUUACUGGUUCGACGGGGAACACUUUCAUUUCUACGAUCUUCACAGGGGACAGGAUUUCAAGGAUUUCAAGACCAAGUAUCACAAUGGUGGUCUUUUUGAUUUUCAGCUAUGCACCCAUGUAGAGAACCCUCUCUCCCUGAAAACAUUCGUGCCGCAACGGGCUCAUCGAUUCCAUGCUGAUGCUCUAAAAGCCAUUAUAGAGGAGAGACCUAGAAGACCUGGAGGAAUCUUGCGUCUAUCUACCCCGAAUAAAGAACCAGUAGCUUUAUGCUUUCUUUUUUGAUUAUUUUCCUUGACUCUUUCUUAAUUUGUCUAUCUUGGUUGUUGUUGUAGUCAUUUCUUUUAUUUUGCUUCACAUGAGACAAUUUCGUAUGAAAAAAGUCCUUUUAUUUUCCAUGAGUCAGUGUUUUAGUUUGGAAAGCUAUCAAUCUGUGUUCUGCUUUGACUCUAUACUUUGUAUGCUUAUUGUUUUUAUUUAUGAAGACUAAAUAUGUUUGAACCAUGAA